UCGUUUGACUGCGUGCUGGGCCCCGGGUGCAGCCAGGAGGAGGUGUACGAGGGGUGCGUGGCGGACCUGGUGGCCGCCUUCCUGCAGGGCCACACCUCGUGCGUGCUGGCCUACGGGCAGACCGCCAGCGGCAAGACGCACACCAUGGGCAUGGCGGGCAUCCCCGCCGACGAGCGCGAGCUGGGCAUCCUGCCGCGCGCCGCCGCCGCCGUGUUUGACCACGUGCGGCGCCACAGUGGCGCGCCGGGCGACCCGGCGGGCACACGGUACCAGCUGGAGGUGCAGUUCCUAGAGGUGUACCAGGAGGAGGUGGUGGACCUGCUGGCAGGCGCUGCCUGCCUGCCUGCCUGCUGCGCUGCGCUGCGCUCCCUCCGCGCAGGCGAGCACGGCGACGUGCUGGCGCACAACGCGGUGCGGGUGGGGGUGGCCUCCUCCGCGCAGCUGCUGGCGGCGUUUGAGCGCGGGGUGCAGCUGCGCAGCGUGGGCGCCACCGCCAUGAACAGGCACAGCUCCCGCUCCCACGCCAUCUUCACACUGCUGCUCACACGCGCCUGGGCCGACGUGCGCGGCAGGCGGCUGAGGGCCCGCUCCAAGCUGCACCUGGUGGACCUGGCGGGCAGCGAGCGGCAGCGGCGCACGGGGGCCGCGGGGCAGCGCCUCAAGGAGUCGAGCGGCAUCAACUCGGGCCUGCUGGCGCUGGGCAAGGUGGUGGCGGCGCUGGCCCGGCUGGACCCUGCCGCAGACGCACGGCCCCACGUGCCCCUGCGCGACUCCAAGCUCACCCGCCUGCUGGCCGACAGCCUGGGCGGCACCUCCGCCACCGUGCUCAUCGCCUGUGUGGCGCCAGACAUGAUCAACCUGGAGGAGAGCCUCAGCACGCUCCAGUUUGCGUCCAGGGCCCGCCACAUCGCCAGCAGGCAGGAAGUG